GCUCUCGGGACGGUUGCCCACCGGGCUGGCGGUGGUCCCCAGUGGGGCUUGGACAUGCAGAGCACUGACCUGGGCAACAAGGAGAGCGGCAAGAUAUGGCACCGCAAGCCAUCGCCGGCCACGCACGACGGGAUUAUAGUGAACAUUGUUCACAGCACUUCUGAAUACCAUCCGAAAGUUUUGCGGUUUUUGAACGUGGCUUUUGAUGGCUCGGGUGAUUCCUUCCUUGCUGGGGACCACCAGGGGAACAUCUAUGCUUUUGACUUGCAUGGAAACAGGUUUGCUCUUGUACAGCGAACGGCACAGGCUUGCACAGCUCUGGCCUUUAAUCUUCGCAGGAAGUCCGAGUUCCUUGUGGCAUUAGCUGACUAUUCUGUUAAAUGUUUUGAUACAGUCACCAAGGAGCUGGUUAGCUGGAUGAGAGGACAUGAGUCGUCAGUGUGUUCCAUCUCUGUGCACGCAUCCGGGAGAUACGCCAUCACUACAUCCUCUGACACAGCUCAGCUCUGGGACCUGGAUACUUUCCAGCGGAAAAGAAAGCUGAAUAUCCGCCAGUCUGUGGGGAUACAGAAGGUUUUCUUUCUUCCGUUCAGUAACACCAUCCUCAGCUGCUUUAAAGAUAACUCCAUCUUCGCCUGGGAGUGCGAUACUCUGUUCUGCAAGUACCAAUUGCCAGCUCCACCCGAAGGCUCUAGCAUCGUGUACAAAGUGUUUGCUGUGACCAGAGAUGGCCGAACCUUGGCUGCUGGAGGCAAAUCCAACCACCUGCACCUGUGGUGCUUGGAGACCACAGAGCUCUUCAGAAUCGUCCAGAUGCCCACUAAGGUCCGAGCUGUGCGCCAUCUGGAAUUCCUCCCUGAUAGCUUUGACGCUGGGUCUAAUCAGGUUCUUGGUGUGCUGAGUCAAGAUGGGAUUAUGCGAUUUGUCAACAUCCAGACUUGUAAACUUCUCUUCGAAAUUGGGAGUGUUGAAGAAGGAAUUAGCUCAUCAGUAAUUAGCCCACACGGUCGAUACAUAGCAUCUAUUAUGGAAAAUGGAAGCCUGAACAUAUAUUCGGUUCAGGCUUUAACACAAGAAAUAAAUAAGCCGCCUCCUCCCUUAGUUAAAGUGAUUGAAGAUUUGCCUAGUAAUGCACUGAGUUCCAGUGCUCUUAAGAUGAAAAUGGGGUCAGGAAGAGUACAGCGGCCAGCAAAAUCUAAAGAGAGCAAAACUCAAACCAGAAUACUCAAGCGAGACCUGACGGGUGAUUUAGAAAACAAAGAGAAUGAAUUGUCGGAAGGAUUAAAUAAAAAACGUUUGCAGAUCUUAUUAAAAGGCUAUGGGGAAUAUCCAACAAAAUACAGAAUGUUUAUUUGGCGCUCUUUACUACAACUGCCUGAAAACCAUGCUGCAUUUAGUAGCUUGGUGGACAAGGGCACCCAUGUGGCUUAUCUCAACCUUCAGAAGAAAUACCCCAUCAAAAGCAGAAAACUGCUCAGAGUAUUGCAAAGAACCCUCUCUGCCUUAGCUCACUGGUCCUCGAUCUUCAGCGACACACCGUAUCUUCCACUCUUGGCCUUUCCAUUUGUAAAGUUAUUCCAGAACAAUCAGCUCAUCUGUUUUGAAGUUAUUGCUACUCUAAUAAUCAAUUGGUGUCAACAUUGGUUUGAGUACUUUCCUAACCCUCCCAUCAAUAUUCUUAGCAUGAUAGAAAAUGUUUUGGCAUUUCAUGACAAGGAACUGCUACAGCACUUUAUAGAUCGAGGUGUGACUUCCCAGCUGUACGCCUGGCCUCUCCUUGAAACUGUGUUCUCAGAAGUGCUGACAAGAGAGGAGUGGCUCCGGUUGUUUGAUAAUGUCUUCUCCAAUCACCCCUCCUUCCUCCUGAUGACCGUGGUGGCCUACAAUACCUGCUCCAGAGCACCUUUGCUCAACUCGACUCUUAAGGACGAUUUUGAGUAUUUUUUUCACCAUCGGAAUAACCUGGACAUAAACGUUGUGAUUAGAGAAGUGUAUCGUCUCAUGGAGACUACGCCUACUGAUAUUCAUCCAAGUAGCAUGCUGGAUGCUUUUGUUGCAUUGACAAAAGGGCAAUACCCCAUAUUUAAUCAGUAUCCAAAGUUUAUUGUGGACUAUCAGACACAGGAACGAGAAAGGAUCAGGAAUGACGAAUUGGAUUUCUUGAGAGAGAGGCAGACAGUUGAAAAUAUGCAAGCUGAAGUAGAUGAACAGAGGGCUGAGGAUGAGGCUUGGUACCAGAAGCAAGAGCUGCUCCGUAGAGCUGAGGAGACCAGAAGAGAGAUGCUUCUGCAGGAGGAGGAGAAAAUGACCCAGCAGAGACACAGGCUAGCUGCGGUGAAAAGAGAGCUGAAGAUAAAGGAAAUGCACUUACAGGAUGCUGCCAGGAGACGCCUUCUGAAGCUCCAGCAAGAUCAGCGUGAAAUGGAGCUGCGCAGGCUGGAGGACGAGAUUGAGAGAAAGAUACAAAUGAGAGAUCAAGAAAUUGCUGCCACAGCCAAAGACCUGGAAAUGAGACAGCUGGAACUCGAAUCACAAAAACGACUUUAUGAGAAGGAUCUUUCUAGAAGUCAAGAUGCUAUUGCAAAGGAAAUCCGAGAAGAUGCAGAUGCCCAUAGGCAGAAAGUGGCUCUUGAAGAACACAUGUUCCAGAAUCUGCUAGAAUCCAGCCAGAUGGGGAGCAGAAGGACUCAGAGGGUAAUUGAGGACAAUUUGGCAAAAGCUGAGCAAGCCUGCCUGAACGCUGACUGGAAGCUUCAAGCUUUACAUAAACAGAAAUAUGACGAUCUACAGCGCAGCGAGGGCUACCAAGAAGUCGCCACUCUCCUCCGGAAGAACAGGAGGAAAGAAAUGCAGAUCCUAAAUGCGAUGGUGGAGGAGGAAGCUAAGAAGUGGAAGGAAGCUGAAGAAAAGGAGUUUCAUUUGCAGUCAGAAAGGAGAGCCUGUGCCCACUCAGAUGCCUGCAGAAAGUGGUUCCUAAAGCAGGAGACGAGUGCAGCUUUGGAACAUAGUGGAGAGCCACCGAGUGAAGAAGUGCCCUGGUUGCAAAGGGAACGCAUGGCCUCAAGCUAUUUGCCCCAAACCUCACAAUUCAAUGACGUUUCUGAAAUGGACCCUGCAGCACAGAGUUUUCCAAGCAGGAAAGCGACAGAAUGGGACCACAUGGAACAUGAUCUUCUCAAGAGAGUGCGCAGUCUUCGCCAGAGACUCACCGCCCAGGCUCAGAACAGGUGUCAGCCCCCUCAUCUUAUGGUGACAUAGAACACAUUUCACCAUGAAACAAUCAAAGAGAUACCUUUUUUAAAUCAAUGGCACUGAUUUUUCAAUUAUUUAUUCUAGAUUUUUAUAAAGGACCUUUUGUAUAGAGAAAUAUGUCUAUAAAAUUAUGUUUUCUAUUGAAUGUUAAUGCUUUUGGCAUGUAAAAGGCUUCCAGAGUGUUCCACAGUAAAGGUGUUUGGAAACUAUUAAAGCCAGCACAGACUUCACAGCCUUUAGCUAAUGAGAUGGGGUUUAUUUUAAAGAUAAAGAAUAAAUAAAGAACAGGACUCCACGGUCAG